CCCGAGUAAAAGUUGGUAUUUUGAGGCGCAAUUUUAACACGUGUAUGCUAAGAAUAUGUGGAGAAAACGUUUUACCGGUCUUCGACUUCUCACUAACUACGAAGAGUUAGGCCCUGAAACUUGGAGGUCAUAUCAGGUAAAGCAUAAGUACAUACCUCCCUGACCCGCAAGAUGAUACUCGUUGUGGUGGCUGUGCACGAGUCGAAAAACCGGAUAUGCUAAGAAUAUGUGGAGGGGUGUACAGUGUUGGAGUAUGAAUAUAUGUAAUCGCUUUCCUCAGCUGCUGAGCUCAGGAGUUUCCUAUACAGUGCUGGAGUAUGAAUAUAUGUAAUCGCUUUCCUCAGCUGCUGAGCUCAGGAGUUUCCUAUACAGUGCUGGAGCAUGAGUAUGUGUUCGGUUCCCUCAGCUGGGCUCGGGCAGUUCCAAAGCUAAUCGUACAAGUGUGACUACGAAUUCGGGUAGAAGUGUACAGAGAUCAAUGAGAAUCUCCCAAAGUUUUCUCAGAGUUCUCAGAUUGUCACCAAAACAUGCGGUUAACCAGGUGCAUAUUUUCCCGCACUGCGUCGUUACGAUCCCAGCGUUUUGAGAUAUAUAGUCCGAUUUCGUGUCGUUUUUACACGGUGGUGCCAAGGAGAACCUCUACAGUUAAUGCCAUUCAAAUCAUUAUGUCGAUGUUUUGGUGGUAUCAACUCUUCAACAGUCGUCGAUAACAUAAUCGUCAUCGCCAUCAGCUACAGCGUUUCUAUCGCGUCUAUUUUCCUCGCCAAAUACGUCGCCCAAGCCGUGUAUGGUAUCACUACUGUUGCUUCAGCCAGCAUAAUAGGAAUUUUAGCUGGUCUAGCUCUACCCUCCCCCUACCGAGAAAUAGCCUAUGGAGCGAGUUUUGUGUCAGCGUCUACUAAUCAAGCUUUCACUGCCGAAUGGGAACCCUUGGUGUGCCUUUUUUACGUUAUAGUGGUGUUCUCUCUCCGUAAUGUAUUGCACGGAAUAGGAGGAAAAUUGGGAAUGAUGGCAUACGUCGCUGGUCACGCGAGUGCUUUAUUCAUCGUCCUUGUUGGUGACGGCACAUGGACGUCUACAAGCCUUGACCCAGAACAUGGUGUAAAUUCCUGGGUUGAUUUUUGGUUUCGCUCGCGUGGUGAUGGGAACAUCAUCGUCUCAACGGUGGUGACGCUUUGCUACGUCCUCGCUUGUGCAUCAGCCAGUUCACUCACUCUGUGGUUGCAUCAUCACUAUAACAAGCAUCUAUCUCCUACAGUGGCAUCGUCUAUGGUUUCCUUAGCUGCUGGUGUUUUCCUCCCUCCCACUUCAAACCCUCUCAUGUUUUUCAUAUGGACGGGUUCAUUUGUUGGUAUGAGUUCCCCAGCGGCCUGUCCCGGAUCAUACAGUUUGAUCAUCAUAAAAGAAGCGCCAAUUUUAUCGGAAAAUAUUUCUAUAUUUCUCACUGGUCUCUGGAGUGGUAUACUUUUGAUCGGUUUCUGGUGGUGGACAGG